CUCCAUUUCUACUCAAACUAUGAAGCUUAUCAGGUAUAUAUCGAUUCUGGUUGCUGCCGGCUCCACCGCCAGCGCACAUCAGGGGUGCUCAACAGACGCUGCUCUGGACACGCUAUUCAACGAAGCCAGCGUCCAGCAUAUUGCCAAUGCCCUUUUGCAUGUCGUCGAGCGGGACAUUGAUAUUGCUAUCAAGGACCUCAACGACACAACGCCCGAGCAGUUUGCAAAGGUCGUUGUCAGCCGCUACAAUGUGAUUCAGUCGAUCAUGGCAUUUGUUGGUGUAAAUCUGCCAGCACUCCAAAAGUAACGUCUUUUUAUUAGUGUUGUGCUAAUAA